GGCUUAAAUUACGUCUUCGCCCUUGCUCCCUCCUGAACGGCGGCCUCGGGUGAACUUUUUGACUAUCUCAGCAAGCUCAGUACUCACCGAUUUCUUGCCAUUUACACACUGCUAAUUCCCCAUCACUGAAAUUCAUAUAUAUCAACAUAUCAUCACAAUGGUGCGCUUCGCAGCUAAGGAUAUCCCUGACCUUACAGGCAAAAUCAUCCUCGUCACUGGGGGCAAUAUCGGCCUCGGCAAGGAAACAAUCACCCAGCUCAGCAAGCACAAGCCAGCCCACAUCUACCUCGGAGCAAGAAAUGAGUCCAAAGCUUUGGCCGCGAUUGAGGAUAUCCAGAAGAUAGUGCCAGACGCAGCACCAAUCUCGUUCCUCGAGGUCGAUCUGACGUCAUUCGAAAGCAUUAAGCGUGCUGCUAAGGAAUUCCAGUCAAAGUCGCAGCUUCUUCACAUCCUCAUGAACAAUGCCGGCAUCAUGGCCUGGCCGCCCGGUGUGACAAAGGAGGGCUACGAGAUUCAGUUCGGAACGAACCACAUGGGGCACGCUCUUCUGACCAAGCUUCUCCUGCCGACGCUGCAGCACACCGCCAAGGUCGGCCCUGAUAAGGACGUGCGCAUCAUCUCGCUCUCUUCGGCGGCCGAGAACUGGGUCCCGAGCAACCUCUACAACUUUGACGACUUCAAGACCGACAUGGCCUCCACGGGAACCUGGGCGCGGUACGGCGCGUCCAAGGUGGCAAAUAUCCACCACUCCAAGGCCCUUGCCAAGCGAUACCCCGAGAUCCGCUGCAUCUCGCUCCACCCUGGAGCUGUUAACACGAAUCUCGUCAGUGGUCCAAUCGCCAGCUACCCUCUCGUCAAGCCAAUCGCUGGCCUCGUCACUUGGCUUGUGUCGACGCCCGUCUCAAAGGGGGCGCUGAACCAGCUGUGGGCCUCGGUCAGUCCGGAUGCCGAGACUGGUGUGUUCUACUGGCCAGUAGGUGUGAAGGGCAAGGACUCUAAGAACGCGUUGAACGAAGAGCUCGCAGAGAGUUUGUGGAAGUGGACAGAGAAGGAGCUAGAGCCCUACGCUUGAGGUCGCCUCGCCACACAUGCGAAUCCAGUUUGAGGAGCGCCGUCGUGUAAUUUUCUGUAAGAUCGUAUCCAUUAAAGUACCUAUGAAACACGUAAUGCUACUACAACAAAUGGUCGAAAUUCGACUCAUUAUCUUUCAAAAAGAGUUUUCUU